CUGCAAACCGAAAACCGGUUGAUUGCCCAAGUCUUUUUCGUGUUCCAGUGGCGUUCGACCAGUACGAACUCGGUAUUCGUCUACGCCUAUCAAGCCUGAGCGACGAAAAGCGAUUGUCAAGAGUGUGUCAAAAGUGCGGAGUUUAUCGGAACCAGGUCGGCCAGAGCUUGGCCCAGCGCCGAUGAGGGACCCAAGUGGUGGGCACUUGCCGGGACAUGACAAAAUGUGUAAAAUAUCUCGUCGUCGGUCCCGAGAUGGAGUAUUAGGACAUUUCGUAGCGUGCCCAUCACUAGCGACCAUAGUACAUGCAGUUUGUACUCGAUCCUGUCAACAGUGGAUAUUGGCCAACUCGAUGCAGAAUUGCCCGCAAGGCAAUUAGAAGGCCGCCCAUUGCCAGCUCAUUGUUCACAUGUUCGAACUGCGCCAGGCGAUGGGGCGUGGGCGGCCCUCAGAGAUUGCGUGGGCGGCCGCCUGAAUGGGCGUGGAAGGCUUUGUUGGAUUCAAUGAGGUUUGCAAUCGGCGUCUGUCUGAAAGAUGUGGAAAGAUGUGGAAGGCUUCAUUGUCGGUUGAAUAAGAAGCUGGGUUGCUCUUCUUCAAUCCAUAUCACAACAGAACUCAGCGACGGGAACUCGAACGAUCGUAUUGCAGACUUUGCCAGCCUAGCCUUCGAUUAUCAUUUCAAGAUGACGGAGCUUUUUAUUCCUCCCAAGGAAAUGUUCUUUCGCCUUCGUGGCUACGUUAGCAACUACUUCCUCUACUCCCGCCACGAGCAGGAGCCUACAUUCGGGCACACCCCUGGACCCGUGUACCCGGAUCAAUGGUGGCAGCUCAUUCCGGGAACAGGGAAGUUUGCAGGGUAUUAUCAAAUCCAGAGCAAAUUUACAGGGAAGGUGAUUUUCUCGAGGAAUUCACCCGUGAAGCUGAUCGGCCAUGUCGUUGGAGACGGGAACUACGAGGACAACUGGUUCAAGAUCGAGCCCGGCACCGGCAAGCUCGCAGGCUACUUCCGUCUUCGAAAUUACCAAACGGACAGAGUGCUUUUCUCCCGCCUCCAGCCCGAGCCUGAGUUAAACGACUACCCAGGACACUUGAAAAGCGGCGACGACAACUACUUCACAUUCAUCCUAGAGGAUUUGGAGAUGGAGAUAACCAGAGUUGAGUACCAUCUUGACAAGGCGAUGGUUACUGACUCCGUUUCAGAGGUCAUAGGUUCAAUGACCCUGAGGAACCGCGGCGCUGUCUCUCAGGUGGCCGAGUUCGAAUUUACCCGGGACGAAACCAAUUCCUCCUCCUUCGAAUACACCCAUGGGUACCCCAUCCGCGUGGGAACCAGUGGAAAGGUUGCGAUACCCUUUGUUGAAUCCGGUCAAGUGAAAGUCGACGGAACCAAAUCCCAGACGUUGAAAUGGGGCACGGCAAUCACUGAAACCAAGCCUUACUCCAUUCGGCUCCCUGCAGUUGGUCCCUUCGACAAUAAAAUCACUGUGACAGCGUUCGUUAGCCGCUCCAACAUUGAGGUUCCGUUCACAGUCUACUCGAGAUCUGUCGCUAAGGGGUUCGAGGUUGCGACCCAUGGCAUCUACAAGGGUGUUACCCACUGGAACGUCCGGACCGAUGUUAAGCAAGAGCGUGCCUGAAGGACCGAUGCUGGGAUCUCUCGUUGGCGACUGAUGCUUGUGUUGUCGGUUGUGUUUCCGUUGUCACCCGGGGGUUUUCUGCUACGUUUCUGGCCUUGUGACCUCCUGUCAGUUGUGUGAACCUCCGAAAGGUAUGGAAUGUAGUGCUCAAGGGUAUGUGGUUGUUUUAAUAUUUGCACGAAGGAAAGGAAGCACUUGCAGAAUUCUUAAGAGGAGCCCAUUACUUCAGCCGAGCACACCCUUCAGCGCUUCCGAUAUCUUUUGGCUACUAAAAAAUUCCAUACUGUAAACUUUUGCGUGGCUGCGCAGCUCAUGCAUUUCGUUUGAUAUGUUUUUCGCAUAUUUUUUAAUAAAUAUGAUUGACGUGUUACCGA